AUGUCAGAUCCAAAACCAUUGCCAUUUAUUUACCAAUUCAUAUCCGGUGCUGUUGCCGGUGUGUCUGAAAUCCUUGUUAUGUACCCAUUGGAUGUGGUUAAAACCAGACAACAAUUAGCUACUAAUAGUGACUAUAAUGGUACUAUAAAUUGUUUAAGAAAAAUUGUUAAAGAAGAAGGUUUUUCUCGUUUAUAUAAAGGUAUUUCCGCCCCAAUUUUAAUGGAAGCUCCAAAAAGAGCUACUAAAUUCGCUGCCAAUGAUGAAUGGGGUAAAUUUUACAGAAACUUGUUUGAUGUUCCAAAAAUGACCCAAUCCUUGGCUAUUUUAACCGGUGCUACUGCUGGUGCCACUGAAACUUUUGUUGUCGUUCCAUUCGAAUUGGUUAAGAUUAGAUUACAGGAUAAAACCACUAAAUUCAAUGGUAUGGGUGAAGUUGUCAAAGACAUUGUUCAAAAGAAUGGUGUUUUGGGAUUAUACAAAGGUUUAGAAUCUACUUUGUGGAGACACAUUUGGUGGAAUGCUGGUUAUUUUGGAUGUAUUCAUCAAGUUAGAAGUUUAAUGCCAAAACCAAAAGAUUCAUCCCAAAAGACUUUAAUUGAUUUAACUUGUGGUACUAUUGGUGGUACAUUUGGUACCAUGUUGAACACUCCAUUUGAUGUUGUCAAAUCAAGAAUCCAAGCUGGUUCUACUCAAUACAAAUGGACUUAUCCAUCCAUAUUGAAGGUUGCUAGAGAAGAAGGUUUUGGAGCAUUGUAUAAAGGUUUUAUUCCAAAGGUCUUGAGAUUAGGUCCAGGUGGUGGUAUUUUGUUGGUUGUUUUCACUACUUGUAUGGAUUUCUUUAGAACUCUCCAAGAUAAAAAAUAG